AUGAUCGCGGGCCGCGCUGCGGCCGGCGGAGCGGGAGGGGGAGCGAAGGUGCUGCGGCAGUCAGGGGUGGGGAAGCAGGAGGGGAGCUCGGAGCACGUCGAUUUUGGGCGCAGAGGGUAUGCCGUCGUGCACCGGUUCGGGGGCUUCGUGGCGAACGCAGACGUCGGCAAGCAGCCAGCGCAGCUCGACGCCAGGCUACAGGAGACCUACACCUUGGCGCGGUACUACAACUCGCUGUUCGAGUUCAGUGGUAGGGUCAACGAGAUAUGGAUGCUCUUUGAUGGUGCAAAGUGCGGCGACGACACAUACGGUGAGGAGAGAGCUGUCGAGAAGCUCCUCCGCUGCAUACCUGAGAAGUACAAGCAGAUCGCUAGCUCGAUCGAGUCUCUGCUGGACCUCUCCAGGAUGUCGAUCAAGGAGGCGAUAGGUCGCCUCAAGGUCGUCGACAGCGAUGAGUCACAGCCUCCCUCAGGGCCUGUCAUCAUUAGUGGGAAGCUCCACUUCACUCAGGAGCAGUGGGAGGUCCGCCAGGGUGAUCGGAAGAAGGGGGAGCCUUCUUCCUCGAGAGGCGGCCACAAGCGCGGCAAGCCGCACAAGGCGCCGAAGGCUCACGUCGCACUGGCAUUGGCGGAGGAGCUGGCUCUGCUCCUGGCACAUGCAAGCAUCGAGCUAUCUCCAGCGGCAUCAGCCACAGCGGCUCUCCUCCACCUUGAUGAGCCGAGGGUACACGCCUUCCUCGGCGAUGGCUCUAGCAAAGAUAAGACUGAGGGGUGGUGCCUCAACACCGGCGCUACCAAGCACAUGACCGGUCGGCGGGAGUUCUUCACCGAGCUUGACUCUAGCAUCCGAGGCACCGUCAAGUUUAGGGAUGCCUCCAGCGUAGAGAUCAAGGGCGUCGGCUCCGUCAUCUUCAUCACUGAGUCUGGAGAGGACAGGCUACUCACUGGAGUGUACUACAUCCCCGUGACACAACCCUUCUACCUCGCUGCUCGUCGGGACGACGAGGUAUGGCAGUGGCAUGAGCGCUUCGGGCACCUUCACUUCGAGGCCCUGAAGCGGCUCAGUGCCAAGGAGAUGAGGCGGCUUCCUUUACCCCAGCAGGCGAGCUUCCGAGCCAAGGAGCGGUUCGAGCUCGUGCACGGGGACUUGUGUGGCCUGGUGACACCGGCCACACCCGGAGGACGAUGCUACUUGUUGCUGCUUGUCGACGACCUCUCUCGCUACAUGUGGGUGAUGGUCCUCGGCAGCAAGGGGGAGGCUGCGGACGCCAUCAGACGCACGCAGGCUGCUGCAGAGGUGGAGUGCGGCCGCAAGCUGCGCGUGCUGCGCACCGACAACAGCGGCGAAUUCAUGGCGGCUGAGUUCGCGUUGUACUGUGCUGAUGAGGGCAUUCAGCGCCACUACUCCACGCCGUAUAGCCUGCAGCAGAACGGCGUCGUCGAGUGGGGCAACCAUAUGGUUGUGGGGAUGACUCGAGCCCUCCUCAAGCAGAGGGGGAUGCCGGCUGUUCUUUGGGGAGAGGUGGUGGUGAUGGCUAUCUAUAUCCUCAACCGCUCGCCUACCAAGACGCUCGACGGCAGGAUGCCAUACGAGCCUUGGCAUGGGCGCAAGCCGGCGGUGUCCCACCUGCGGGUCUUCGGCUGCCUCGCGUUUGCCAAGGAGCUUGGCCACAUCAGCAAGCUUGACAAUAGCAGCACUCCAGGAGUGUUCAUCGGCUAUGUGGAGGGUUUGAAGGCCUACCGCAUUCUCGACCCGGAGACACAGUGUGUGCGCAUAGCACGCGAUGUUGUGUUCGACGAAGGGCGAGGAUGGGCGUGGGACAAGGCGGUGGAUGACGGUUCGACUCCGAUGUAUGACGACUUUACUGUUGAGUACGUCCACUUCGAGGGAGCUGGGGGAGUAGGCAGCUCUUCUUCGCCGAGCGUGCCUACCCUAGUCCCUGAACCUCCACCGACUCCGACGCCUGCUACUCCAGUAGCGCUACGCUCUCCAGCCGCGACUUCGGCUGCGACGAGAUUCUCACCGGCACCACCACAACCGGCGACGCCACAUACUCCAGCACCGACGACCACUCCUCCAGGCACGUCUACUCCGACACCAGCUCAUGUCAAGCACAGCCUAGUGCAGUUCGCUACUCCGCUCUCUCACGACGAGGAGCGCAUCGACGCGUACCACGACAGCGAGCAGUUGCGGUACCGUAUGAUGGAAGACCUCCUCGGCGAGCAGCCGGUGCUGGGACUCGUGUCUCACGACCUGGAGGCACAGUUGCACCUUGCGUGCGAUGACGGCGAGCCUCGGUCUUUCACGGAGGCCGAGAGACACGCGGCAUGGCACGCCGCGAUGCAGUCGGAGAUGGACGCGGUUGAGAAGAACCGCACCUGGGAGCUUGCUGACCUCCCUCGUGGUCACCACAUGAUCACCCUUAAGUUCAUGCAGCAAGAGGGGAUCGACUACGAUGAUGCUUUCACCCCCAUGGCACGGAUGGACUCCGUGCGACUCCUCUUUGCGCUGGCCGCCCGGGAAGGCUGGCGCGUUCAUCACAUGGACAUCAAGUCGGCGUUUCUUAACGGCGACUUGAAGGAGGAGGUCUACGUGCACCAGCCGCCGGGUUUUGUGAUCCUCGGCAAGGAGGGAAAGGUGCUGCGCUUGCGCAAGGUCCUCUAUGGCCUGCAGCAGGCACCGAGGGCGUGGAAUGCCAAGUUGGAUUCCACGCUCAAAGGGAUGGGCUUGGAGCAAAGCCCGCACGAGGCGGCCAUCUACCGGCGGGGCAAUGGAGAAAAUGCCCUGCUGGUGGGUGUCUACAUCGACGACUUGGUGAUCACCGGCACCAAGGAUGCGGAGCGACCGACGAUGGAGCACCAGCAGGUCGUAAAGAGGAUCGUCCGCUACGUUGCGGGGACCCUCGACCACGGUCUCUUCUACACGAGGUGCCCCGGGGCAGCACACUUCAUCGGGUACAGCAACAGCGACCACGCUGGUGACAUCGACACUAGCAAGAGCACGAGCGGGAUUCUCUUCUUCCUCGGCAAGUGCCUCGUUAGUUGUGGUUUUUGGGUCGGCUCCGGCCUGAGCGCCAGCAUCGUUGACUUGGUCCAGGUCCAAGAUUUUGAUGGAAGGUUUUCAGAGAUCUUGUACGAAUAUGCUGGCCGGAACCUGUGCGUGCUUGGAGCCGAGCUUGGACAAGACAUCGGCGGCAAUGUUAUGGUCUUUGGGAACAUGGUGGAACUCGAGGCCGUCGAAGUUGGCCUGAAGUUUGUGGAUUUCCACGCAGUAAGCGUCCAUGGAUUCCUUGCUGCAGUCCCAAUUUUCAUUGACUUGCUCGAUGACAACCUUAGAGUCGUCAUAAGCAAGGAUGCGUUUGAUUCCCAGGGUAACAGUGAUGCGUAG